AUGGCCCCAUCCAACCCUGACAUACUCAUCAUCGGCGCCGGCUUCAGCGGCCUCUACGCCCUACACACCCUCCGCACCGCGUUCCCUAACCUCACCGUCCACAUCCUUGAAGCAGCCUCGGACAUCGGCGGCGUCUGGCACUGGAACAGAUACCCCGGCGCUCGAGUCGACUCGGAAUGGCCCUUCUACCAGCUCACGAUCCCGGCGGCCUGGCGCGACUUUUACUUCACCGAGCGGUUUCCUGAUCAUACCGAGCUGCGGCGGUACUUUGCUCAUCUUGAGGAGAAGCUGCACUUGAAGAAAGACAUUACCUUCAAUGCGAGGGUCAACUCGGCUGUUUGGAAUGAGUCAACCGCUACGUGGACUGUACGGACAGAAUCAGGGCUCGAAGUCCAUGCUUCCUAUCUGCUGUUGUGUUCGGGGCUGUUGCAUCGUCCAUAUAUUCCUUCUUUUCCGGGUCUGGAGCGCCAUUACCCGUUGCAUCAGCGUCAUCCUCAUGUGCAUCCCAGCAUUAGCCCAACUCUUCAUCCUGACGACGCUACUAUAAACACCAGCACCAGCCCAACUACCUAUCCCGACACCACCAACACUAACCCGCAAGUCCAAAUCUUCCACUCCUCCGCCUACCCAACCACCCUCAGCACCAUCGGCAAACGCAUCGCCGUAAUCGGCGCCGGCGCCACAGGCGUCCAAAUCGUGCAAUCCCUCUCCAAAACCGCCUCCCAACUAACCCUCUUCAUCCGUCGUCCUAGCCCCUGUCUUCCCAUGCGCAAUCGUCCCCUGACGCGUGCUGAACAGGAUAGCUGGCAACCUUUCCUGCCGGCACUGUUUCACGCGUCGAGACAUUCUCGAUCUGGGGUCCCGUUUCCCUCUGUGGCUGCCCCGUACGGACCGGGACGGUCGAUUUUUGAGAUUCCCGACACUGAAAGGGAGGAAUACUACGAGGAGCUGUGGAAAUCAGGAUCGUUUAACUUCGGGGCGAGGAAUUUCCCGCAGACGUAUGUGUCUGAGGAGGCUAAUAAACUAGCGUACGCGUUUUGGGCUAAGAAGACGAGAGAGAGGAUGAAGGAUGGAUGGAAGAGGGAUGUUGUGGCGCCGGAAGAGCCGGUGAACUUUCUGUUUACGAGGCGUGUGCCCCUGGAAGGGGAUUUCUAUGAGAGCGUGGAUAGGGAGAACGUGGAUGUUGUGAAGAUCAAGGGUAAGGCGGGAGAAAUGGGAUUGAGGUUUACGGAGAGAGGGGGGAUUGUUGUGCUAGGUGAGGAUGGAGAGGAGGAGGAGAGGUUGUUUGAUGUGGUGGUGUUGGCUACGGGGUUUGACAGUUAUGUUGGGGCAAUGGCCGACAUGAACAUCCGCGGCCGCAACGACAUCAGUCUGGCUGAGAACUGGCAGUCAGGUAUCAAGACUUAUUUGGGGAUUACGGUGCAUGGGUUUCCGAAUUGCUUUAUGAGUUAUACGCCGCAUGGUAAGUCUCCUUCUCUUAUCACCUUGUCAUUUCCUGCUAGUGGAUCUGUUCUUUGA